AUGGCGGCAAUUGUGCCCAUUGGGGUCCCGCUGCCUCUCUAUGGACCUCCUUACCCCCCACAAGUGGCCGCCCUGGGGCUUAUCCCAGACGUGAGGGUAGAUGUCCCAAUCUGCAUCAUCCUCAUCAUCUUCUUCUUUGCGGGCGCCCUUCUCAAUGGGGCAAUAUUCGUCCGCAACAUGGGCCGCGGUCACAAGUUCCUCCCCUCGGCCGUCCUCGUCAGCUUCUGCCUCAUCCGCAUCAUCGCCCUCUCCCUCCGCAUCGCCUGGGCCACCCAGCCCUGGAACGUCUCGCUCAACAUCGCGGCAUCCGUCUUCGCUGCUGCCGGCGUCGUCCUCCUCUUCAUCCUCAAUCUCCUCUUCACCCACCGCCUCCUCCGCGGCCUCCACCCGAACCUCGGCUGGCUGCCCGCCGUCAACAUCUUCUUCCUGUUCUGCUACUUCCUCAUCUUCGUCUGCCUCGUCUCCGCCAUCACCGCCCUCGUCGUUAGCUUCUACACCCUCGAUCCCGUGAGCCUCUACGACUGUCGCAGGGUCCAGCUCUUCACCUCCACGACCCUCACCAUUAUCGCCUUCCUUCCCAUCCCCAUCCUCCUGUUUGCCGCCUUCUACCCGGGCCUCCGCCGCCCCGAGCCCUUCGGAUAUGGCUCCCUAACGACGAAGAUCAUCCUCGUCCUCACCGCCGCAACCCUCAUGACCAUUGGCGCCGCCUAUCGCUGCGGUGUCAACUACGCCGUGCGCCCCGUCCUCUUCCCCGGCUGGUGGCACCACAAGGCCUGCUACUACAUCUUCAACUACGACCUCGAGCUCGUCGUCAUCUUCCUCUACGCUCUCAUGCGCUUCGACCUCCGCUUCCACGUCCCCGAUGGCGCCCGCAAGCCGGGCCACUACGCCAAGGGCCAGCACGCCUACAAACGCGUCAGCACCCUCACCGUGCGUGAGAGAUUCGGAGGCGGCAGAAGCGGUGGCCACGGCGUCGUCGCCUUCUCCAAACGAACCACUACGCGCAGACGAGCCUCUUCUCGCACCGAGUACUUCACGCCUAGCGGCUACCUGGCUACCGACUACACCCGGAGCAGCUACCUGACGGGAUCCGGAGAGACCCGAAGCGGUUACUUCAGCGGGACGCGCUCGUCGGGAAGCAGUCGGUCCGAGGAGAUUAGCAACGAGAUCAACGUAGGUAUAGGCGCGGGUGGCAGAACGAGAGAGGUCUUCCGUGAGCGCGUGGUGUACGACAAGAAAAUAAGGGGUCGACCGACGAGGAGGAAAACGAGCGAGGAGAGGAGACGAAGUCAUGAACGUCGGCGUAGACGGCGUAGGAGGUCAAAAUACUGA